UCGUUUUAGCAUAGAAUUAUGGUCCCAGGUGUCCUCUUUCAUAAUCUGAAAACCGCAGCUCUCUAGCUCAGUCCGUUCUCAAGUUAUUCAAAAAACAUCCGUGUUCUUUAUAUUUUGAAGUGGAUAGCAGAGCUCCGUAUGGACUCAAAUUUUUGAGUCCAGUCCAGCCCAUGGACUAAAAAAGUCUAGUCCAGUCCAGUCCGAGUCCAUGAAAUCCAAAAAAUCUGAGUCCAGUCCAGUCCACAUGGACUGUGCUGGACUGGACUAUGGACUCAGUCCAUUCCAUACGGAGCUCCGGUGGAUAGUAGUAUUCACGUUGGACAAUCAACAUUUAACUAGAAAGUGAAAUCAUCGUAUAGUGCUUAGAACCUUGAGCUAUAGCCCAUGUCAAUUUUCAGAAUUGGUUUGCAUAUAGAGUAAGUACUGACAGUAAUAAUAAUCAUUUUAAUAUUCUCAUAGACGAUGAUUUAUUAUUCUAUUACUUCAUUUUAUUGUUUUUUGUAGACAUUAGAUUUGCUUGAAAAAUUUCGUGCAAAACUUCAAGCAGCAAAAGACGUAAAUGAACCAAUAAUGGAAAAUGUAUCAUUCAGUCAACCGGUGAAUGAAACAAAAGAAGAAAUAGUUGCUGAUCAUGUUAAAGAUGAUUUUUUGAAACAUCGUUUUGUAUCUGAUGAAUUAAUGGAUGUAACAACAAAUAUUUAUGAUACAGACCAAUUAGCCAUAUAUGAUCCACGAAAUCCAAUGACAAAACGUCGACGUGAAGAAAGUAGUUUAGCCAUGAAAUCGAAACGGAAAGCUCGUUCUUGA